CACAGCAUCUAAAAUUACAUGUACAUACUGAUGUAUAAUAUGUGCAUAUCGCACCAGUGUGUUGCACAGACUCUGCAGUUAAAGUGUAAAUUAAUUAUUACAGCAAGCACCUGCAGUUUGUGGAUAAUGAAUUUCAUAAACCCGAAAGCAAUUUCUACGUAAAUGUUUUCAUUAGUGUGCACUGUUAAUCAAUGUAAUUAACCAUGGGGAACGAAAAGGAGUAUCAUAGUGGCCGCAUUGGACACCGUCAUGGACUACUGUUAUUGUCAUUCUUGGGAACCUUGUUCAUGUACUCAACAAGAGCCAAUCUUAGCAUGUCAAUGGUUGCGAUGGUUUCUCCACCUGUUGAUUCGAACAAUAAAACACCCAGCGAAGCGAAUUCCACUUUUCCAGUAGCUUGUCCCCAUUUGGUAAUGCAACAGUCCAGUCAGCAUUAUUUGCCUUCCAGUAAUGUUUCCGAUAAAGCAAAGGUCAAGCGCAAAUACAACUGGGACUCCAGUAAACAAGGAUUAUUGCAUUCCGCGUUCUAUUAUGGUUAUCUGCUCCCGCAAGUUUUUGGAGGAUGGAUCUCGCACAGAAUUGGCGCAAAGCUUCCUAUUGCCGUCAGUGUGGGAUCAAUCGGUAUUUUGACGAUCAUAUCUCCGUUUGCGGCCGAUCUUGGUUCAUGGUGCUUUUUUUCUGUGAGACUGCUGAUUGGGCUGGGACAGGGAGUCGUGUUUCCGUCGUUAACCGUGCUCUGGACCACAUGGGCUCCUCCAUUAGAAAGAGGACGGUUGCUAGCAACAACGUACACGGGCGCACAGUUGGGCGUGGUUUUUGGAAUUUCACUUUCCGGUGUUUUAGCAGAGGCACUGGGAUGGGAAAGCAUAUAUUACUUUUAUGGUAGUAUUUGUUGUGUAUGGACUAUUUUUUGGUUGCUGUUUGCGUACGACUCACCGGAUCGUCAUCCCAAGAUAUCACAUGCUGAAAAGACAUACAUCAGACAUUCCUUGAUUCGCCCAAAUAGCGAUUCCAAAUUAAGCGACGAUUCCAAUUCUGACAUCGAUAAAGGAAAUGUUCCGUGGUCGGGAAUAUUGCGAACGGUCCCCUUUUGGGCGCUCCUCGCGGUUGAAUUCGGACAUAACUGGGCAUUCUACACCUUGCUGACAAACUUACCGACAUAUUUAAGCAACAUUUUGCACUAUUCGCUUAAAUCCAACGGCGUGUUAUCCGCAUUGCCCUACACGCUGCGUUUUGUCCUCACCAUGAUAUCCUUAUUUGCGUCGGAUUGGAUACAGUCACGCCAACACUGGUCGACAACAUUUCUGCGGAAAUUCUUUUCACUCGGAGCCUUUCUGGGAUGUGGAGCGGCGUUGGUGGGUGUGGCUUUCUCGGGUUGCAACAGUACUUUAACGCUCGUCCUGUUCACCUUUGGUGUGGGCAUUUCCGGGUGGGUGUUUGCUGGUUACAUCAUUAACUAUACCGAAAUGUCACCACGUUACGCAGGCAUCAUUAUCGGCAUGGGAAAUACGGUGGGAACAACGACCGGCAUAAUUGCGCCGCUCUUGGUUGGUGUGCUGACCAAUGGUCCAGGAGGUCAUUCGGUGGAGAACUGGCGAAUUGUUUUCCUAAUUUCCGCUGCAAUGUACUUUGUUAUAUCGGUCAUAUACAGUGUUUUUGGCUCUGCUGAAAGGCAGAAAUGGGACACUGUGCAAAGGAAUCGACAAGAGGAAGUUUUGUUAAAGUGAUCUUUGAAUCGCGAUCGGUGUCCAUAUAAGUGGCGGUAGACCGUAUGCAGUACUUAAAGUAUACCAAUUGCAAAUAUAAAAAUAUGUGAUUAAAAAUAAUCUUUAAAUAAUAAUAUG